AUGACUUCAGAAGAUUCAGGUAUUCAAUUGGUUGAUUUAUUACAAGACUUGGGUAUUAAUGCUGGUGAUAUCAAUAAAUUGAAAUUAGCUGGUGUUUGUUCAAUUGCAGUAUGUAUUGACUAUAUUAUUUGACGAAGUAAAUAUUGACCAUGGGGACUUAUUUAGUCAGUUUUAUCAACUACAAAGCGUAAUUUAAUCAAAAUUAAAGGUUUAAGUGAAGCUAAAGUGGAAAAAAUUAAAGAAGCUGCUGGUAAAUUAAAAGUAUGAAAUUGAAAUAAUUUGUUAAUUUUUGGUGAAAAUACUAAUUUUUUGAUUUCUAGUCUAUUGGAUUCAUUUCUGCUUCUAUUAUUUCUGAAAAUAGAAAAAAUGUGUUUUCUAUCACCACUGGUUCAAAACAAUUUGAUGAGAUUUUAGGUGGUGGAAUUCAAUCAAUGUCAAUUACUGAAGUUUUUGGUGAAUUUAGAUGCGGUAAAACUCAAUUAUGUCAUACAUUAUGUGUAGCAGCUCAAUUACCAAAAGAAUUAGGAGGUGCAGAAGGUAGAGUUGCAUUCAUUGAUACUGAAGGUACUUUUAGACCAGAAAGAAUUAAAUCAAUAGCUGCUAGAUUUGAAGUAGAUCCAGAUACAGUAUUAGAAAAUAUUUCAUACGCUAGAGCUUUAAAUUCAGAACAUCAAAUUGAAUUAAUUGAACAGUUGGGUCAUGAAAUUAGUGAAGGUACAUAUCGUUUAUUAAUUAUUGAUUCAAUUUUGGCUUGUUUUAGAGUUGAUUAUACUGGUAGAGGUGAAUUAAAUGAACGUCAACAAAAAUUAAAUCAACAUUUAAAUCAAUUACGAAGAAUUGCUGAAGAUUAUAAUAUUGCUGUUUUUCUAACUAAUCAAGUUCAAUCUGAUCCUGGUGCAUCUUCAUUGUUUGCUGCUGCUGAUGGUAGAAAACCUGUUGGUGGUCAUGUUUUAGCUCAUGCUUCUGCAACAAGAAUUUUAUUAAGAAAGGGGAGAGGUGGAGAAAGAGUUGGAAAAAUUCAAGAUAGUCCAAAUAUGCCUGAAAAAGAAUGUGUUUAUGUUAUUAGUGAAGGUGGUAUUAAGGAUAGUGAGUAA